CACACUCAAAACGAGAGCAAUGUCGUAAUGGUGGUUUGUUUGGGAAUCGCGAUGUAAAUCGUUCACAUCCUCCAUUUCUCGUUCGUCUCACCUGCGAAACCCGCGCCGACCGCGCGAAAUCCGCCACCCGUGCCAACCCCAUUCACUCGAUGUGCAUUUAUCCGCGAAUUCCGGAGGUUAAGUGAAAAAGUCUCGUUCGCUUCGAUGUCCGCGAUGUUUGGGUUCGGAAAGACAUAAACACCAGUGGUUCAACAGCGAAAUCGACGACUAAAGACGUGUUUCAGUGAUUGUGAGUGCGUAAGUCAUGGAAGGCCACAUCGAACGGGAAUCCGGAGCCCUCGGCGGGCUCUUCCAGCAGAUCAUACAGGACAUGAAGAACGGCAUGCCCCUUUGGGAGGACCUCAUCGCCAAAGCCACCAAGCUCCACUCGUCAUUAAAGGCGACAAUCCUGGCGGUCACAGCCUACUUGGAAGCAUUCCAGAAGAUUGCAGACUCGGCGACCAAUGCCAGAGGAGCCACCCGAGAAAUAGGAACCGCCCUGACGAGGAUUUGUCUGAGGCAUAAAGCCGUGGAAGCGCGGAUGAAGACAUUUACAAGCACAAUCAUGGAGUUUCUGAUCAUCCCCCUGCAAGAGAAGCUAGAAGACUGGAAAAAAACCGUACUUAACCUGGACAAGGAGCACGCCAAAGAUUACAAAAGGGCAAGGUCCGAAUUGAAAAAGCGGUCCACCGACACGCUGCGCCUGCAGAAGAAGAUGCGAAAAGGCGCCGGCGGCGACCUGCAGAAGAGAUUAGAGUGCGGCCUGCAGGACGUCACCGAGAGACGUCAAUUACUGGAAGAGACCGAAAAGCACGCCGUCAGGGCGGCCCUCAUCGAGGAGCGGGGCCGCUUCUGCACGUUCGUCGGUCUCCUCAAACCCGUCGUGGAUGAGGAGGUGGCGAUGUUGACCGAGAUGUCGCACUUGCAAGAGGCCGUCCAGCAGCUGGAGAAACACACAGCUGACCCGCAGUCACUGCCGCCGGCGUCCCAGCAGGUCAUCGCCGACUUGAAGAGUUCGGACAGCGGCUGGUCGUUCCAGACGCCUCCGUCGUCGCCCUCCAGUCUCGGCUCAAGGAAAUCAUCGAUGUGUUCAAUUAGCUCACUUAACAGUUCCUCUUCGGGCAGUUCGAAAAGCCACCACUCGCCGAGCCAUCCGCACUGGCAACGAUCUUUGUCGCAGCCUGUAGGUCGUAGUGGUACUAUCCGAUACAUGUCGGUCUCUAGCCAGGAUUCUGGAUUUACGUCCCAAGAUACUUUGUAUCCCAGACCUCCGUCGUCGCUUAGUGUUGCACAGGUUUCCAACAUGUCCGAACACAGUAGCAACAGCAGUAGUUCCAGUACUCCGUGCACUCCCUUCCCGGCAGCCGUCAUUCCAACAACAACAUCGACAUGGCCGAACCUGCAGGAAACCAUCCAGUUCGAAAGAGCCGCCUCGGCCAUCAUCAACGACCGUCCGCAUACAAUCUCGUCAGCGUAUGAAAAAGGUCAUCAAAGGCCUCCUCUUACAGUGUACACAUUCCAAGCGCCGGAACAGAGCCUUUCGCAGCCUGUAAGUCCAGUCACGUCGAUAACGCCGACUGAAAGCAACAGCAAAACUUUGCCGCCGAGAAGUCCGACCACUUCGAUCAAGUCCAAUCCGAACAAGCCGCCACUGCCAACUAGAUGCUCGUCCUUGGAACGCCCCAGUGGUCCCAACAUCCCGGCCAAAACCAUCGCAGGCAUGCAGGGUGUCCGCGUGCUCCCUCCGACCACCACCGAGCAGGUGUUGAUGAAGAAACCGUCGCCGCUUCCAGCUCAUCUGGCCAAAAACGUUCCGCAGCCCACCUACGUCAAUAUGCACGACCUAGCCAGCAUGGCCGCCAACAAAGCGCAAGAAACGUCGCUGCCGCCGCCUCCAGCAGACUUCAUCGGUUCGCCCGCCAACGAGAAGGCUCCGACUGAAGGUGAGAAAGAUGGCAGCACUAGUGAGAGUUCUUUAGAGUCGUCUAGUGGCUACGGAAGUCAGACAACUUUUACCGCCGAAGAUCCCGGCCAUGCCGAAGAUGUUAACGAUUCGGCUAUGAAGUAUUGCACGCUUCCACGCAACAGUGACCUCAAUGCUGCACGAAGAAGGCCGCUAUCCAUGACAGCGCUAUAUUCGACCGGAACCAUCCGGAGCACUCUAGCUCGCCGAGCGUCCAUGCAAGUGAACAAGCCGCCGCCCCCGAUCCGCCGCACCUCUUCCAUAACCAAUACUUCCAACAACAACCAUCCCACUUCGAUGGGCAGUCUCGAAAAUCUUCCUCCACCGCCGGCUUUUCUUCUCGAACCUUCCCAGCAGUCGCAGCAGCAGAAGCCCCACACAGGUGUCAAAGUUGCCGAAACUGUCAAGGCUUUAACCGAACUGAAACACACCCCAGCUAGUCCCAACUCGAUAAGACGCAUGUCCGCGUCGUCGCAGUCGAUUUACCAGAGUCACGUGACCAGCACCACGCCGACUUCGCAGGGGCCGAUUUUGAGCACGUUCCAGAGCCAGACCAAAGUGUCGUACGUGUCGCAGUCGGGGGGCGUCGUGUACGCGCAGCCGUCGCAGGUGCUGGGGGGGAGCCCGACGGCGACGAGGAGGGCGAACAGUUUUAGAUCGCAGAGCGCGGACCGAAAAUCAGGGCCCGUGGGAGUUGGGUCUAAUUUCAUAGCCACUCUGAGCGCGAAGCUGACCCCUAACCUGAGCCCCCGCACCUCCCGGAGACACUCGGAGGACUUGGUGCAGUCGCCGCCCAUCAAGCUGUCGCAGAGGGGCCCGGGGCAGAGCUUCCUCGAUUCGCUGAAUGCAAAACUGGCGCAACAACAUAUCAGUAAUAAUACUCAGAAUUCGCAGCAUAAGGCGACAAUGAUUCGACAGCUUAUCAACAGCAAGGCUCAGCCGGAUCCGAAAGUGUGCCACGAGUCGCUGAUGGAUCAGAUCAAGCGUGGCGCCACCUUGCGGCGCGCCAAGGUGAUCAACGACCGAUCGGCACCGAAGAUUUACUGAGAGUGGGUGGGGCGAGAAUGCACUUAAGACAAUAUGUUAUAUUCCAUGCAAAUAAUAGUUGCUCCAAUUUAAUGCUUGCUAUUAUCAAUCCGUUAAUCGAUUAGCAAUUCAUGUUAAAAACGGUUCAAUUAACUUGUUGUAGUACGCUGUCUUAUUAACGUCCAUCAUAUAAAUCUGACUGAAUUAUUUUUGUAUUGCAUAGUCAACAUAGUAUUAUUCUAGAGGACUGAUGUUAAGUGUUUGUAAAUCCUUUAUAUGAUUAUUUAUUUAUUGCAUCUUUUGUUUCCGUAUUUUGUUGCAGUGGAGAUAAGUGAAACUUGUAUUUGUGUUUAGAGAGUUUAUGUAUAUAACAUUAAAGGGAUAAGUAAUAUAUUACAGGUAGUCGUAAGUGAGAUGUAAGGCACAAAAUGUGUUUGUACGAUGGGUUAUUUUAGUAGUACAAUGUAAUUCGAUUUCUGUUUAUAAACGCAAUUCUUGCUUUGUGAAAUUUGGAUGUAAGCGCAUGAAAUUUUUCAAAGUGAUAACGAUUUUUUAUCAAUGUAUAUAAGUCUCUUGUCUUACACUAAAUGUAUUAUCGAGGUCAUUGCUGUGUAGAAUUGAUUAAUCAUAACAUUUCAUAUUCAUAAUUGUAUAAGGUUCAUGUUAAGAAGUGAUAACAUUUACAUAUUGAAAGAAUGGAGGAUUUAAGCAGUUUGCUUACGUUGUGUUGUGUAUGGAUAAAUAAAUUUUGAAAAGUAAAA